GGGAUGGCCUACCUUCACAGCACAGACAUCAAAAGCCAUGGUCAUCUUAAGUCCAGUAACUGUGUAGUAGACAGCAGGUUUGUGGUCAAGAUUACAGACUUCGGACUGCAUUACUUCCGAGAGAAAGAAGAAGAACUUGAAGAGGAUACCUAUGCUAUUGAAAGAAGCAGGCUGUGGACAGCUCCAGAACUUCUCCGUAUGAACAGCCCAGUAGCAGGUGGCACCCAGAAAGGGGAUGUCUAUAGUUUUGCUAUUAUCUGCCAGGAGAUCGUCUACAGAUACGGCGUCUUCUAUCUGCAGAACUUAGACCUAUCUCCACAAGAGAUCAUAGACAAGGUGAAGAAAGGAAUGAAACCCUACUUCCGACCCACUCUUGAAGAGUUUGACUGCCCAAACGAUGAACUGGCAAGAGUUAUACGGCACUGCUGGUCGGAAGAUCCCGCCGAACGGCCAGAUUUUCAACAGCUGCGUACCAUGAUCAAGAAAUUGAAUAAGGACGGAGAUAAAGGCGACAUCUUGGACAACCUGCUGUCCAGAAUGGAGCAGUACGCCAACAACCUAGAGGCCCUGGUUGAAGAGAGGACCUCUGACUAUCUGCAGGAGAAGAAGAGGGCAGAGGAGCUUCUCUACAACAUGCUUCCAAAGUACGUGGCCUCCCAGCUGAUACGUGGAGAAUCCAUCUCGGCCGAGUGGUAUGAAGGUGUGACCAUCUACUUCAGUGACAUAUGUGGAUUUACUUCCUUGUCAGCAGAAAGCACACCUAUGCAGGUUGUGGAUUUGUUGAAUGACCUCUACACCUGCUUUGAUUCUAUAGUCGAACAUUUUGAUGUGUAUAAGGUGGAAACGAUCGGAGAUGCCUACAUGGUGGUCUCUGGACUGCCGGUCCGCAACGGCAACCUCCAUGCCAGAGAGAUCGCCAGAAUGUCCUUGGCCUUACUGGAUGCCGUGUUCAAGUUCAAGAUCAGGCACCGACCUGGGGAUCAGCUCAAGUUGAGGAUCGGCAUUCAUAGCGGUCCUGUGUGUGCCGGAGUUGUUGGUCUGAAGAUGCCGCGGUACUGCCUGUUUGGGGACACUGUGAACACAUCGUCAAGAAUGGAGUCCAAUGGUUUACCCCUACGGAUCCACGUCAGCCCUUACACUAAAGAGCUUUUAGAUCAGUUUGGAACAUUCCACUUAGAGAUGAGGGGUGCAGUUGAAAUGAAGGGCAAAGGGUCAGUGGUCACCUACUGGCUGCUAGGCGAGGAAAACUCCCCUUACAACAUCAGGCAACAAGGAUGUAACGAACCAACGCAGAAAUCGCCACAAAAGACAAACAACAAGCAGUCCUCUCCAUCAAAACACUGA